AAUGCCAAAGUCACACGCCACACAAGGAAAACAAGUGUAGCCAAAAAAAAAUCACAAAUGUUAUCCAAAAAUCCAUCACUCCAUUUUCUUGGCAACAGCUCUCACAUAUUGUGAUAUUUUAUAGUAUGAUCAGUGUUGUGAUGACAUCUCUAUCUCUAUGGCAGUUGCUCUUGCUGUCGUCAUUGUUUGUUGCCGACGCAGGCAAUGCUGGGCGCUAUAGCGUUGGCGCAGAGCACGGCGUCGUGGCUACUGAUCACGGCCUGUGCUCGAGGAUCGGGAGGGACGUGCUCGUGGAAGGCGGCCAUGCAGUGGAUGCAGCGGUAGCCGCCGCUCUCUGCCUCGGCGUCGUCAGCCCUGCCUCUAGCGGCAUUGGUGGCGGCGCCUUCAUGCUUGUCCGUCUCGCCAGUGGCGAGGUGGAUGCGUUCGACAUGAGAGAAACUGCCCCAAAGCAUGCUUCCGAGAACAUGUAUGAUGGCAAUGCCGGUGCGAAAGCUAGCGGGGCGCUAUCCGUAGCGGUUCCUGGGGAGCUAGCAGGACUGGCGGAGGCGUGGAGGCGACACGGGAAGCUACCGUGGAGGAGGCUGGUUGCGCCUGCCGCGGUGAUGGCAGAGAAGGGGUUCAAGAUAUCACCGUAUCUGCACAUGCAACUGGUGAGUUCGGAAUCGAAGAUCAUGCAGGACAAGGGGCUUCGCGAUGUGUUCACGAGGAACGGGAGCCUGUUGAAGGCGGGCGAUGUUUGCUACAAUAAGCAGUUGGCGAAGACGCUGGCUCUCAUCUCGAGGGCCGGGAUAAGGCCAUUUUACAACGGCUCUAUUGGGCUCAGCCUAGUCAGAGAUGUUAAGAAAAGUGGUGGAGUGUUGACUAUGCAGGAUUUGGAGGAGUAUAGUGUGAAGGUGAGGACACCGGUGAGGGACAACGCCAUGGGACUCGAGAUCAUAGGCAUGCCCCCGCCUUCUUCUGGAGGCGCGGCUAUGGUUCUUGUGCUGAACAUUCUGGCGGGGUAUAAGGACAGCUCGGAUAUCCCGACCUCCCUUAUGAUCCACCGCCAGAUUGAAGCUCUGAAGCACGCAUUCGCAGUGAGGAUGAGCCUUGGCGAUCCGGAUUUCGUCCAUCUUGGAAAUGUAUUGAAUGAUAUGUUGUCUCAAGAAUUUGCUGCAGAGUUGAAGAAGACCAUUUUUGAUAAUACAACGUUUAAUUCCAGCCAUUAUGGUGGAAGAUGGAACCAGAUCCAUGAUCAUGGCACCAGCCACAUUUCCAUCGUGGAUGGACAACGCAACGCGGUCUCCAUGACCACCACCAUAAACGCCUAUUUCGGGUCCAAGUUCAUGUCACCAGCCACCGGCAUCAUCCUGAAUAACGAAAUGGAUGACUUCUCCGUGCAUGAAGACAGCACGUCGCCUCCUUCUCCGGCCAACUUCAUCCACCCCGGGAAGAGACCAUUGUCGUCGAUGACGCCUACAAUCAUUCUCAAGAGUGGGAAACUGAGAGCAGUUGUAGGAGCAAGUGGAGGAGCAAUGAUAAUAGCUGCAACAACUGAAGUUUUGGUAAACUAUGCAACAAGAGGGAUGGAUCCACUCUCUUCUGUUCUAGCUCCAAGGUCAUACCAUGAGUUGAUCCCCAACGUGCUUCAGUAUGAGAACUGGACGGUGCCAACAGGCGGCCAUUUUGAGGUCCCGGUCGAGACGAGGGCUGCUCUGGCAAAGAAGGGGCAUGUUCUUAAGAGCCUUGCCGGUGGCUCAAUAUGCCAAUUUGUGGUUCAACGACUAAUAGGCUCAGCCUCAAAUGCAGGGUUGCUUGUUGGGGUGAGUGAUCCAAGAAAGGGUGGAUUCCCAGCUGGUUUUUGAAAUGAUUCUACAAAAUUCCAGCUUAUCCCCAUGUUCUUAAAAUUUUUAAGUAGAUCCAUGUCAUUUAAUCUUUAAAUAAGGGUGUAACACCAAAUAAAAAAAUGUACUCCAUAAAUUACAGAACAAGUAAACAUUUGGUUUAUUU